AAAAUGGCGUCCGUAGACAAAGAAUGCCAGGACGACGAACUCAUAGCCCUGAGUUCUAUUUACGACGAGCGAAUGUUUUCGAAAUUUGAAAGUGGAGGGAAAAUAGAAAUAUUGCUUGAGAUUCCUUAUGACUUUAAAAUCAAGAUUUCGAAAAAUUCAUACUUGAAUAUAAAUGGUUGUGAUGAUGAUGAUAUAAUAUGGGAUAUCUUUCCUGUGAAAUUCUUACCUCCUUUAGUUUUAAAUUUUUUCUUUCCUUCCUGCUAUCCAUCUCAAUUACCACCAAAAUUUACUCUUAAUUGUCAAUGGUUAAACCAAGAACAGCUUUCUUCAUUGUGCAAAUCGUUGGAUUUGUUAUGGGAGGAAAGUCCUUGUGAAGUCAUUCUUUUUCGUUGGAUACAGUUUCUUCAAGAGGAUACGUUGGAAAGCCUUAACAUCUCUUCACCGUUAAUACUUAACUGUCAAGAAGUGAAUAAAAGACAUGGUUGUGUUGAUAUAAGAGCCAUUCAGAAUGUUUCUUCAGUUUCCAUUCUUCUAAAUGAAAUUCUUUGUUUUGAUCAAGAGGAAAAAACACGAGCGUUUGAUUUGAGCUACUUUACCUGUCGUAUAUGUUUUUCAGAAAAAUCUGGUGCUUCUUGUAUAAAAUUCCCAAAAUGUGAACAUGUGUUUUGUUGUGAAUGUGUCUCGGAAUAUUUCAAAGUACAAAUUGAAAGUGGUUUGGUGAAAGCUUUAAACUGUCCUGAAACAGACUGUGAUUCUCAAGCACUUCCUUCGCAAGUCAAAAAACUUGUCAGUCCAGAUUUAUUUGCGAAAUAUGAUAAGUAUCUUUUGCAGAUCAGUUUAAAUGAAAUGUCGGACUUAGUUUACUGUCCAAGACCUUCAUGUCAAAGUCCUGUGAUCUUGGAAAAGGAUACAACAAUGGGAGUUUGUGGAAUAUGUCAUUUUGCUUUCUGUUCUCUAUGUAAACUAACAUACCAUGGUAUUUCACCAUGUGUCUUCAAAGAAAAUGAAAUUCGGAAACUAAAACAAGAAUAUGAAAAUGCAACAGAAAUUGAAAAAUUAGCUCUAGAAAAACGCUAUGGAAAGAAUCAUAUUCAAAGAAUGAUUGAUGAUUUGAUUUCUGAAGAAUGGCUUGCAGAAAACUCAAAACCAUGUCCUCGUUGUAAAGCUCGUAUUCAGAAAUCUGAAGGCUGCAAUAAAAUGCAUUGUUCUAAGUGUCAAACAAAUUUUUGCUGGCUUUGUGGCAAGAUAUUGGAUGAACGUAAUCCUUAUCUUCACUUUAAUACAUGGAACUCGCCAUGCUACAAUAAAUUGUUUGAAGGUGUCGAAAUUGAUGACGAUUAAUAAGACAAUUUAUGGUAGUUACAAUUGGGUAGUUAUUAUAUUUCAUAUUGGCAUAAUGUAAUAAUUAAAAUAAAUUAUUAAUUAGUUUAUACACUGCAAUAAAAAGUCGAGAUUGA